GUACCGUCGACUAGUAGAUAGUCGGAAGACGGACAGAGACCCGCAGCGCCUUGACCGACCUGGCCCUUUUACAAGCCCACGUGCAAGCCAACCGACGGGGCCUUGGAAGCCGAUCGCGUGUAUAUUUACUGGCCAUCCCCGCCGCCCGUCGUCGGCCGUCGGCCGUCCUAGGUCUUGCCACGUUCGCCAUCAUCCAAAUCAGCUGUCGCGAAUCUCGAGCGCUCGUCGGCCGCAGAAAGGACAAUGUCCACCAAUCCUGACGGACCCAGCCCCGUGGCGCCUGGCCAGACCGGCGCCUCCGCGCUGCCAGACGCGUCCCACCACAAGCAUCAUCCCCAGGACGCCGAAUCGCCCACUACUGGCACAGGCACGCUGUCCAACGACGAGAUGCCUCGCAAUCCCGACACCGAGAAAGGCCUCCCGCCACCGCAGACUGGCGGACGAGAGAAGCAGGCCGCUAAGGAGGCCGGCAAAAGCUCUGCCUUCAAAGCCCUGGGCUGGCUCGACAGGCUCCUGGCCCUCUGGAUCUUCCUUGCCAUGGCCAUUGGCAUCAUCCUGGGCAACUUCGUCCCCAACAUUGGCCCGGCCCUCCAGCAGGGCAAGUUCGUGGAUGUGUCCAUCCCCAUUGCCAUCGGCCUGCUCGUCAUGAUGUACCCCAUCCUGUGCAAGGUCAGGUACGAGGCGCUACCCGAGGUCUUCUCGCACCGCACCAUCUGGAAGCAGAUUGGCUUCAGUAUCCUCAUCAACUGGAUCAUUGCCCCUUUUCUCAUGCUUGGCCUGGCUUGGGCUUUCCUCCCCGACGAAGAGGGCUUGCGAGAGGGUCUGAUUCUCGUUGGACUCGCCAGGUGCAUUGCAAUGGUCCUAAUAUGGAAUGGGCUCGCCGGCGGCGACGCCGAGUACUGUGCCAUCCUCGUGGCAAUCAACUCGCUCCUGCAAAUGGUCCUCUAUGCCCCGAUGGCUAUCCUUUUCAUAGGCGUCAUGGGCGGCGACGCGGCGGCUAGUACCAUCUCCUACUCCACCGUCGCUACAAGCGUCGCCGUCUUCUUAGGCAUUCCCCUCGGGGCGGCUAUGGUUACGCGGUUCGCCCUCCGCAAGCUAGCGGGCGCAGAUUGGUACGACCGCGUCUUUAUACGCUAUAUAUCUCCGUGGGCGCUCAUCGGCCUUCUCUACACCGUCCUCGUGCUAUUCGCGUCGCAAGGCCGCCAGGUCGUCCAACAGAUCGUGUCGGUCGUUCGCGUGGCUGCUCCGCUUAUUGUCUAUUUUAUUCUCGUCUUCUUCGUCACCCUCUGGAUGGCACGCCGCGUUGGGUUCAACUACUCGCUGUCCGCAACGCAGAGCUUCACGGCAGCUAGCAACAACUUUGAGCUAGCCAUUGCCGUCGCCGUCGCGGCGUACGGGCCGGACAGCAAGCAGGCGCUGGCCGCAACGGUGGGACCCUUGAUUGAGGUGCCCGUCUUGAUCGGGCUUGUAUAUCUUGUCCGUAUCGUGGCAAAGCGAUGGAAGUUUUAGCAACGCGUGAAAUCGGUCAACAAGUGGGUGGUAGCCAGUUGGCUUGCCGCAUCACGACGAGUGUCCUCUAUUUCAGUCAGGCCUAGCUAGUUUGUAUAGUACUUUGCGGAUCAAAUUUGGCCGAAUAUGGAUCUGGUUACAGUCAAGAUGGGCAGCAAGAGCAGCAGAGCUUUGCCAGUUGCAGAGCACCGGCAGUGAUAUGCAACGUCACCCGGCCAAACACGCCAACAGGGGAGUGCCACACCAAGCAUUUUGGCUCACGGCAGCCUGCAGCCCUUCAGCGGGUGAUAGCAGAUGCAAUGUCGACACAUCCUAGUGACUCGGCAAUAGAUCACACGCCGGCGAUGUCUGCGAGCUUACAGCAGCCCUGUCAAGAUCCGGGAUUGUCCCACACUCUUUCCCAGGCUGAAUAGACACUGCAUCUUGGGAAAUGCACUGCUCGGGUUGAGCGAGGCCGUGUACUCGUCGGGCUGCAGCUCG